CGCUCGAAAGUUUCUUAGUCUGUUGCAGCAGCCAGGAUAAAUCUUCGCCCGCAAACUUUUUUGCUCGAUCGUCUUCAGCAUUCCGUAUAAAUGAAAAUGAAUGUAAAUAGGCAGACAGCUAUGAUUUUGAUCAUACGAAUGGCUUCUGUGGUGUACACGCUAGCAGAAAUUGAGCCUAACCGAAGAAAUCGCAUACAGUUGACGCCAGAGGUCGUCCUGAAAGGCGAGCCAUUUCACUGCGAAAAUGAUCCCGCCACAUUUGGGUAUAUCUAUUACGGCAUCCGCUACGGUACAGCUAAGAGGUUUCAGCACGCCCAGGAAAAUAAUGAUUUUGUAUACUUAUCCGACCCGAAACACCCAAAGCAGGGCUUUCCGUGUCCGCAACAAAAAUUCUCGAUGCCUGGAUUCCCUAGACGCAAUUUGACUGUGAGCGAAGAUUGCCUCUACUUGGACGUCUAUGUGCCACCGGUUAGCCAGACUUCAAACGACGGCCACCUGCCUGUUUUAUUUUUCAUCUAUGGUGGAGGCUUUCAAAUUGGCCACAAAAAUAUGUACAAUGCCACGGAAUUAUCCGGAGCCGUAAAUGCCGUGGUCGUCAUUAUAAACUACCGCGUGUCGGCAUAUGGAUUUUUAAGCACAGGAGACGAAACCAUUAAAGGCAACUACGGCAUCGGAGAUAUCAAAUUUGCCUUAAAAUGGGUGCAAAAGCACAUCGAAAAGUUUGGCGGAGACCCGCACGCCAUUACUAUUAUGGGGCAGAGUGCAGGUGGCGCCCUCACAUCAGCCAUGUUUUUGGAUAAAAACGUUCGAGAGAGUGUUCGGGCCGGAAUAGCAAUGAGUGGGAGUAUGUUUUCGUCAUGGUCGAUCAAUCGAACGCCAAAACGCCUUACUGACGAAAUAUCCGUAUUACUUGGAUGCCCAAACGCUACGCAGGAACAGCUCGUUCAAUGUCUCACAAGUGCUACACUGGAGCAGAUGCAGCGGGCCAUCAAGCGAAUCGAGAGAAACUUUACGCCGUGGAGUAUGUUCGCUCCUGUAAUUGAUGGGGUGCACCUGACGGAGUCUCCAGCAGUUAUGAUCAGCAAGCAACAGCCUAGUGAGUCAAAACGGGACAGCAUCUUUGUUACCGGAUAUCUGCGUGAGGAUUCGUCAAUGACUAUAAUGGUGACGCACUUUAAAACCAUUGGAAAACCAUUUCUGCCCAAUUCCACCUUUGAUUUCCAAACGGCUGAGGAGAUUGUGAGAUAUUACGCUGAAUUAAUCCAUCCCUGCAAUCUUACGAAAACAGUGGAACAAAUCUUGCAAUACUACAAAAUCUGUGAAUCGGAUGAAAACCGCAACACUAUGCGAAAAACUUUUCAUAUGGUUACUGACAUUAUGUUCGCCUAUUCGGCAAUUCAAGAAGCUCGUGCAUACGCCAACCGAUCGUUUUCUUCGCAAGUGCCCAAUCACCUGUACCGUAUAUCGUACAAUCCAAAAUUUAAAGGUUUAGGGAGUUUUCAUGGACUAGAUUUGGUAAUGAUGUUCGCUGGACCGAUGAAAGCCCUUAUCAACAACCGCACGGUGGACGCUCGCGUUGUCUGUAAUUUUCGCAACAUGUUGCACCAAAUUGCUCAUACUGGCCGUGUUGACGGUCCGAAUGCCAAUGCAGGGUACAUGGAAUUCGGAUCAUCAGGAAGAUGGGAAGCCGGCCGUGAGGACUUCAGUGAACUGACUCGGUUUUGGACCGAACAAUUCGGAAAUGCCCAGCGGUGUGCUGCAUCGCCGUCCGUAUCUUCGUUGAACAACUGGGAACAUGACCCCUAUUUAACAAACUCAGAACACGAGAAUUAGAUAUACAGAUAAAAAAAAUGAACCAUUGAAAAACAUAAAACGU